CAUUAUUUCAAUGAAUUAUCUUCAUCGCCAUGUUUCAUGGUUAAUGAAAAUGAUGAAAUUAAACAUUCGUAUAAAUAAUGAUGAUGAUGGUGAUGGUUAUGGUGAUAGUGAUGAAAAGGAAAAAUUCAAUAGCAAUAAUUACCGUCGAUCCAUACAAUUUGUCGAUAUAUUUCUUAUGUUCAUGAUGUUUAUGAUACAUUUUCAUCGUCAUCGUUUUCGAUAUUGUCAACGUAAACGAAAUACCGUUAGUGCCCGAAGUUUUUAUUACAAUCAUCAUCGAUUUAUUAUCUAUCUAUCAUACAUAUUUUGUCUAUCAACAUCAAUAUCGAUUAUGGCAAAUGAUCAGAUUUUAAUUUCUCGAUCCUCAUCAUCAUCGAUGGUUACUAGAUCAUUACCACUUGUUCAACGACAUUCCCCCUCAUAUGAUAGUAAUAAUUAUGAUGAUAAUUCAACAAUACCAAUAUGUCCAUUAUAUAUCAAUAAUGAUAAUGAUCAAAAUAAUAUGACCACAUUAAAUCCAUGUCAUUGUUAUGGUUCGAUAAAAAUGGGAAUAUUUAUUGAAUGUACCGGUGCUAAUAUUCGACAGAUAAAUCAAACAUUUGAUCAUCUUCGACAACAACAACAAUCACAAUCAAAAGCCGUCCAUUCAUUGAGUAUUUAUCGAUUAAAUACAUCAUUAUCAUCAUUACCUGAUUAUUUAUUUCAUUCAUUUACAUCGAUUAAUGAGCUUCAUAUAUCAUCGACAAAUCUAACACGUAUCGGUACGAUACAAACAUUCAAUGGUCUUGAAGAAUCAUUACAUUCAUUGAGUUUUGUUGAUUCACAAAUAUCUAUCAUACCAAAAUCAACAUUAUCUAAAUUAUCAAGAUUAAAAUCAUUAGAUUUACAAUCAAAUCAUAUUGCCAAUCUUGAUUCCUAUGCAUUCUAUGGCCUUCCAUUACGUACAUUAAAUUUACAGAAUAAUUUUCUAAAAAAUCUACAAGAAUUUGCAUUCGGUGGCCUAGAAAAUACCUUAGAAGAAUUAAUAUUGAAUGCAAAUCAAUUAGAACAUUUUCCAUUAUUUGCAUUACGUAGACUAAGAAAAUUAGUUACAUUAAAAUUACAAAGUAAUCAGAUUAAUCAGAUACCGGAUGAUGGUUUUACACGUUUUACCGUAUUGGAAACACUUGAUCUACAAUCAAAUCAAAUUCGUCAUCUAAAUUCACGUAGUUUUAUGACAAUGCCUAAAUUAAAGAUAUUAUAUUGUUCAAAUAAUCUUCUUACCGUUGUUAGUGAUAGUUCAAUAUUUGCACAGCUGCAUUUUCUUGAAACAUUAGAUCUAAGUGUAAAUCGUUUACGUGUUGUCAAUUUGGAUGGUCUUGAAAGUAUUCGUACUGUUGAUCUUUCUUAUAAUCAUUUACAUGAUCUACGUUUACAAGGUUUAAUCGGACUAAGAGAAUUAUUUGCAUCAAAUAAUAAUAUUCUACAGCUAUUGAAUGAAACAUUUAUGAAUACAACCGGCUUAGAAGUACUUUAUCUACAACAUAAUGCUAUUCAUACAAUUACCUACAAUACAUUUUAUCGUCUACAACAAUUACGUCUAUUAGAUUUAUCAUAUAAUCAGAUACGUCAUUUACAUCAAUCAUUAUUUAAGAAUACAAAUCAAUUACAAUCAUUAUAUUUGGAUAAUAAUCUUAUCGAUGAUAAUGGUAUCGAACCGGGUAUAUUUCAAGAAUUGGUCGAAUUACGUGAUUUACGUUUACAACAUAAUCGCCUUAAACAUAUACGUAAAGGUGUAUUCUAUUCACUGCCAAAUUUGCGUGAUCUUGAUCUACAAAUGAAUGAAAUUGAAAUAAUCGAAUCAUUAGAAUCAUUAGCAUCAUUACAACAUCUUAAUCUUCAGGGUAAUCGUUUAACGAUAUUUAAUGGACAAAUAUUGUCAAAAUUUCCGUCCUCAUUACGUUAUCUACAAUUAAGCUGGAAUCAAUUAGAUUCAAUACAAAAUGAAACAUUUCGUGGCCAAAAUGAAUUGGAAGUAAUUUGGCUAAAUAAUAAUCAUAUUAAACAUAUUACAGAAAAUGUAUUCAAUGAUCUUAUUCAUGUGGAAAAAUUAUUUCUUAAUCAUAAUGAAAUCAAUUUAAUUGAUGAUGAUUCAUUUGUAUCGAUGAAAUCAUUAAAAUAUUUAAAUCUUGAACAUAAUCGAUUAGGUCAUUUAGGUCGUAAUAUGUUUAAAGGAUUAGAAAUGUUACAAGAAUUACGAUUAUCAUCAUCCGAAAUUAUCGGUAUAGAACCAAAUAUGAUGGAAUAUUUACGUUCACUUGAAAUACUUGAUAUAUCUGAUAAUCAAAUAUAUACUUUAAGACGAUCAAUGUUUCAUUUGGCCAAAAAUAUUCAUGAACUUUAUCUACGAAAUGUUAUGGCCGAUGAAAUUGAAGUCGAUUCAUUCGAACAACUACAAUCAUUACGUAUAUUGGAUUUAAGUCAAAAUUCAAUCAAUGCAAGACGUAUGAAUGGUAUACGAUUACCAUCAACAAUUCAAUUAUUAAAUAUUUCUCAUAAUAAUCUUUCAAAUAAAAAAGGAAUUGAACUAAGUCCGGAAUUCAUACAUCAAUUGAAUAAUAGUUUAGAGAUAUUAGAUCUAUCUCAUACACAUUUUCGUUUAACAAUAAAUUCGGUCAAUUUUUUUCAACCAUUGAUCAAAUUAAAUCGAUUACAUUUGGAUUCAAAUGAAUUGAUACGUUUUGAUAAUGUAUCAUUUCCUCAAUCAAUGAAUCAAUUGUCAACAUUAACAUUACAGGAUAAUCAUUUCGAAACGAUACCAUUAUUAUUGGCCAAAUUUAUACCGAAUAUUCAAACAUUAUCAUUAGCUAAUAAUCAGAUCAAAAAAAUUCCAACAAAUGCAUUUGAAAAUCUUCGACUUUUACAAUGGUUAAAUUUAUCUAAAAAUCGUAUUAGUAUUAUUGAAUCAUUAGCAUUCAAUGAUCUUGAUCAAUUACAAUAUCUUGAUCUAUCCGGAAAUGUUCUACGAUCAUUAUCAUCGAAUGUAUUCGACAAUCUUCCACGUUUAAAGCAUUUAUCAUUGGCAAACAAUUGGCUACAAUAUAUUCCAAAUAAUUUAUUUAAAUCAUCGAUUAAUCAUACAUCAAUGAUUAUUGUUCGAAUGGAUGAAUUAAAUCUUGAUUCAAAUCCAAUGAUACGAUUACGUGAAGAUCUUAUUAUUCAAUCAUCAUCAUCAUCCAAUAGUGUUGAUGAUUUUGCAUUGAUAACCAUUCUACGUGCACAACAUGGUAACCUAACCGUAUUAUCUACAAAUGAUUUUUUAGGUUUUAAUCAUCUUGAACAACUAAUUUUACAUGAUAAUCAAAUACAAACAAUUUCACCAUCAACAUUUCGUUCAUUAUCACGAUUAAUUGUAUUAGAUCUUUCUGUAAAUAAAUUGGAUAAUCUUCCACAGGAACGAUUAAUCGGUUUAAUCAAUCUAGAAUCAUUGAAUAUAUCACAUAAUUCAUUAACUGAACUUCCAUUAUUUGCCAACGAUUUGGGAAAACAUUUACAUACAUUAGACAUAUCAUUUAAUCGUAUUUCACGUAUCGAAUCAUUUGGACAUUUAUCAUCGAGCUUAAAAUAUUUAUCAUUACGUCAUAAUAUGAUCAGCUGGAUUGCAAAUAAUGCAUUCCAAAAUAUGACAUCAUUAACAAUGAUUGAUUUGCGACAAAAUUUUCUUACACAGAUUAGCGAAACAAUUUUCGAAUCCAUAGAAGUUCGAUUACAAUCGAUUAUGUUAGCUGGUAAUCCAUUCCAUUGUGAUUGUCGAUUAUUAUCGAUUUAUCAAUGGCUUGAAGAACAUUCACGUCUUGUUAAAUUUGAUAAUGAUGAAGAAAUGAUGAUCUGUGAUCAACCGGAAAAAUUAAAACAUGAUUCUAUUCAAAGUUUACAGCCAAUCGAUUUCUGUCCAAUACCAUUGAUAACAUUGUUAGAAGUGAAUAAAAUUGAAUCCAGUGCAAUACGAUUACGAUGGGAAGUACAAAAUGAAACAUUAGUCGGUGGUUUUACACUUGAAUAUUAUUUAACAUCUGAAAGAUCAUUAACAUCACCAGCUGGUUUACAAUUAAAUUCUGGUGCACGUAAUGCAGAACUUCGUGAUCUUGUUUCGGAAAAAUGGUAUACAGUUUGUGUUGAAGCUAAUGGUAAAUAUCUUCGACCAUCAUCAUCUGGUACUUCGAUGGCUGCAUCAUCAUCAUCAUCUUCAUCGAUAGAAUCUUUAGAUCAUCGAACAAUGAUGAUGCCAUCACAGGCAACAAUUAUUGAAAAUGAUAAACCAAAAGCACAUUAUAUGAUUAGUGAUAAUAAUUAUCCAAUCAUAUAUGAUGAUUUAAAGAAUAAAAAACCAAUUUUACAGGAUUUUGUAUCCGGUAAUCGAAAAUGUUCGCAGAUACGAACAUUGUCACCAUUGGAUGGACGUCGAUUAAUAACAUUACCAGCUUCAAGCAUUAUCAUUGCAAUCGGUUUAUUUUUUAUGCUUUUAUUAUCUGUUUGUAUAUUGACAAUCAUUAUAUUUCGUUUUCGUCGUAAAAGAAAAAUUAAACUAAAUAAUGGCAAUAAUGAUAAUAAUAAAAAUGAUAAUGAUGAUGAUGAUGAUAUUAUUAAUGUUGAUGAUAAUAUUGAUGAUGAUAAUGAUAAUCAUGGACAACAACAACGUUCAUCAACAGUGGUCAGUUUUGGUACGGUAACAACAAAUUCAAUUGGUUCGGGAAAUUGUCUUAAACAAUCGACCGUAACAGUAACAACACCAAUGAUGGAUCCACAUCAUCAACAUCAACAUAAUCAUCAUCUUCAUCAUCAUCAUCAUAAUCAUCAUGAAGAUAAUGAAAAUGGUAUUAAUAUGACUGAAAUAUCUGAAUUAGUUGAUCCGGUUAUUAUGAAUGAUUAUAUAACAUAUAGACAUUUUGCCUUACCAUAUACACAGGAAAAUGUUUAUUCAUAAACAAAAAAAAAAUUCGAUUGUAAAAGUCAAGAA